CCCCUUGCACCGUCCCCUCUGAGGGGUUCGCGUUUGAGUUGCGAGUACUGGUUGUUCGGGUCUGUCAUUGCCAGCCGCUCCGGGAGAGCAAAGUAGAGUAAAGCAGAGUAAAAUAGAGCGAAAGGGAGCGAGUGCUUUUUCUUCGGGCUGUCUGCAGUGCGAGUCCCAGCCCUGCAGGAAGGGCUGUUCCGUCUUGUCCCGGUGGAGCGAUGGGAAGCGGUCGUUGUCCGCCUUUGGGCCGGCUCCCGCGGUGAGGUGUUGUAGGCAGAGUGUCGUCCGUUCCCUAGGCAGCCGCAGCCCUAAAGGAGGCACCUCGCAUCCAGGAGAGUAAGUGCGGCUGGGGGUGAGAUCUGCAUUUGGGAAGGACAGUGGUGGCCUCUCUUCUCCAAGGGGCCUUCUAUUAGUUGUUCUCUCACAAGUAUUGUUUCAGAGCUGGGAGAAGAUGGGUCAAAUCGCUAUCGUUUUCACAACUCUAUUCCUGCUCGGAAUUCCAGUCUCGGAAGAAGCAAGCAACCAUGUCAACUCUUUUCUCUUAAUUUACAGAGGUGACAUAUUUGCUAGGAUAACACAUGAGCACCUUAAAAAAACUCUAUGGGCAAGUUUUGUCCCUUCGGUUCAGGAAAAACCUAACACAGGGGGUGCUUCCUUGUGUACAUCCUUUCUAACAGAGGAGGAACGUUCCCAGAACCCCUGGAUACACAGAAAGAUCAAGGUACUGAGAAACAUGAAGGAGCUGGUACUUCUGGGAUUACCGAUCAGGAAAAGGAACUGUCAAGCAGUGCAUUACAAGCUUUUCUGGCUGGCAACUAUGAUGCUUGUUUACAACACCUAAAUACCCUUCAAGACAUAAACAAAGAUGACUACAAAAUAACUUUGAAUACUGCUGUUGCAGAGUUCUGUAAAAGUAACCAGACUACAACAGACAAUUUGAGACAAACCCUUAACCAGCUGAAGAACCAGGUUCACUCUGUUGUUGAAGAAAUGGAUGGUUUAGAUGAUGUUGAAAACAGUAUGCUAUACUACAAUCAAGCUGUUAUUCUGUAUCAUCUGCGUCAGUAUACUGAAGCUAUAUCAGUUGGGGAGAAGCUGUAUCAGUUCAUAGAGCCUUUCGAAGAGAAGUUUGCCCAGGCUGUCUGCUUCUUGCUUAUAGACCUAUACCUUCUAACUUACCAAGCUGAAAAAGCCUUGCAUUUGCUUGCUGUUCUGGAAAAAAUGAUUUCACAGGGCAACAAUAACAGCAAGAAUGGAAAAAAUGAGUCAGGUAAUAAUACAAAUAAAGAUUCCUCGAAUCAAAAAGCUGAAAGCGGAGCUUUAAUAGAAGUUGCUAAAUCUAAGAUACAUCAGUAUAAGGUGAGAGCCUAUAUCCAGAUGAAGUCACUAAAAGCAUGCAAAAGGGAGAUCAAGUCUGUUAUGAAUACAGCUGGGAAUUCAGCUCCUUCUCUCUUUCUUAAGAGCAAUUUUGAAUAUUUGAGGGGCAAUUAUCGUAAAGCAGUCAAACUUUUAAACAGUGCAAACAUUGCUGAACAUCCGGGCUUCAUGAAAACAGGUGAAUGCUUAAGGUGUAUGUUCUGGAACAACCUUGGCUGCAUCCACUUUGCAAUGGGAAAGCACAAUUUAGGAAUUUUUUAUUUUAAAAAAGCCUUGCAAGAAAAUGAUAAUGCAUGUGCACAGCUAGGAACAGGCAACUCAGAUCCAGGUAAAAAAUUUUCAGGGAGACCCAUGUGUACACUACUGACUAACAAACGGUAUGAGUUGCUCUACAAUUGUGGAAUUCAGCUCCUGCACAUUGGGAGACCCUUAGCUGCCUUUGAAUGCCUGAUUGAGGCAGUCCAGGUUUAUCACUCAAACCCUCGUCUUUGGCUAAGAAUAGCAGAAUGCUGCAUUGCUGCCAAUAAAGGGACAUCAGAACAAGAGACUAAAGGUCUUCCAAGCAAAAAGGGAAUUGUGCAAUCCAUAGUAGGUCAAGGCUACCACCGUAAGAUAGUCCUAGCAUCCCAGUCAAUACAGAAUGUUGUUUAUAAUGAUGGGCAGUCCUCAGCAAUACCUGUAGCAAGUAUGGAAUUUGCAGCAAUCUGUCUAAGAAAUGCCUUGCUACUGCUCCCAGAAGAUCAGCAGGAGCUAAAGCAGGAAAAUGGAUCUAAAACUAGUAAUCAGCUGGGGGGAAAUACAGAGAACAGUGAAAGCAGUGAAGCAUGCAGCAAUAAAAGUCAUGAAGGGGAUAAAUUCAUUGCAGCUCCACCUUCUUCGCCUUUGAAGAAACAAGAAUUAGAAAAUUUAAGGUGCUCAAUACUUGCGUGUAGUGCUUACGUGGCUCUGGCUUUGGGUGAUAACCUUAUGGCAUUGAAUCACGCAGAUAAACUUCUUCAGCAACCAAAGCUGUCAGGGUCUCUUAAGUUUCUUGGGCAUUUGUAUGCAGCAGAAGCUCUCAUCUCUUUAGACAGAAUAUCUGAUGCCAUCACUCAUUUGAACCCGGAGAAUGUCACUGAUGUUUCCCUUGGGAUCUCUUCAAAUGAGCAGGAUCAAGGGUCAGACAAAGGAGAGAAUGAGGCAAUGGAAUCUUCUGGCAAGCAGACCCCACAGUGUUACCCCAGUUCGAUUACAUCUGCACGAACGAUGAUGUUAUUUAACCUUGGAAGUGCUUACUGCUUGAGGAGUGAAUAUGACAAAGCUCGAAAGUGUCUUCAUCAGGCUGCUUCGCUGAUCCACCCCAAAGAGAUCCCUCCGGAGGCUAUUCUGCUGGCUGUGUAUCUUGAACUACAGAACGGUAACACACAGCUGGCACUGCAGAUCAUCAAGAGAAACCAGCUUCUCCCUUCCGUGAAGACCCUCUCGGACACGCGGAAGAAGCCUGUUUUUCAGCUGGUGCACUCCAUCCAGCCUAUUCAGAUGCCAGCCUUUACCACUGUUCAAAGGAAAUGAGGUUUCAGCCUACAGCUGCCCUGCCCACCAGGGCUUGGGAUUUUGUAUAGUUUUUUAACCUAUGACACCUGCAUACCCCAAUUGCUGGAGUGUGUUCAUUUAUGUAAAUUUUUAAUAAAACAUGGAAACCAAAA